AAAGAUUUCUUUCCGCCAGUUUCAAAACAAAAACUUCACAACUUGUCCGUUCUUGUAUUUUGGCGAGAUCAAGUCUGUUUCUAUGUCUUAUUUACCAAAUAUAACAAAUAUAAAGCAAUUAGUAAACAUCAACUGGUUCAAUUCUAUGCACAGACUGCAAUCAUGAUAAUUACAUUCUUCAUCACCAACGAUUAUUGGUGAUAGCAGGUACAUGAUUUGAAGUUAGAAUCUCAAGAAGUUGAUUGACAUUGAUAUUUAAGUAUCAUUUGAAAAUGUCGUCAAAAGAAACAAUAAAUACAUCUGAGAAGUUGAAGAAUCUGCGGCGGCGGUUGGAGCAGCUUGGUUAUAAGGAUUCUCUUGGAAUUGAAUCUUUGCCAUUGGUUGAACGGUUGUUUGUGGACCUGCUGAAGACAAUUGAAGAUCUUCGUAAGAUCAAAGUAGAACAUUCCAGAAAAAGUGAUGCAGAAGAUCCAACAAUUGUUGACUCCUAUAAAAAUGAUAAUGCUAAAUUGGUUAAAGAGAAUAAUGCUUUAAAUUUGAAACUUCUUAAAGCAACAGAACAAAAUAAUACUGCUAUGAAAGAUCUCAAGUCUUCCCUGCGAAAAUCUGAGCACACACUUGCAGAUAUAAAGUUCUUAAACAAUCAAUAUUUACAUAAGAUAAAGUUAUUGGAGAAAGAAUCUAAAGAAAAAUCAGACAGAAUUCAACAACUGCAAGAGAAAAACUUCCAUGCUGUGGUUCAAACCCCAGGUGGCAAAAAGAAGAAUAUUCCGUUCCGUCGGCAGCGUAUGGUGGUUGAUUGCCUGAUACCUCCAGCAGAACCUGAUUUACCAUCUCCGCCUCCAGUUCCUGAUCCAUAUAUAGCAGAUAUGCUGGAAACAGCCGAUAAACGGAUUGCAGAAAAUGAGGGACAAAUUACAGAAUUGAAAGACAACAAUGAAUUAUUGGAAAGUAAAUUGGAGGCUUUUAAGGAACAGGUUUCUGCAAGAGAUGAUGAAAUAGACAGAUUAAACAAAAUGUUGAGUGGAGGCCGACCAUCAGAUACAUUGGCCCUUGAGGUCAAAAACAGAGCCAAUGAAAAGAUGAUUUCUCACCUUAACAUCCAGGUGGAUAUCUUGCAAGAACAGAACCGAGAAUUACAGCAACGUCUUCGGGAAAGCACUGAGAAGAGAGAUGAUGUCCAGGAUGAGGUGAUUAAGUUGAAUAAGAAGAAUGCUGACCUCCAAUUGCAGAUGAGAAAUAUUGACCGUAAAGCUAAACUGUUGCAAAAUGAUAAGGAAUAUGUAGUGAAAGCAGCUGACUCUGAAAUACAUGUCGCAAAGAAAGAACUACUUAAAUCACGGCAACAACUUGACGAUUUAGAUCGUUGUAUAUCACAGCUGAAGUCUGAGAAUGAACAGCUCCAAAUGGAAUUGGAAGAUUCAGAGACUCAGAACAGCAAUAAAACAACCAGCCUGAAGAAACUGGAGAUGUUGCUGGACAAAGUUCAAGAAGAAAAACGUCGCAUGAUACAUAAAGUGAAUAAACUAACGGCCAACGAGAAAGAACUGAUUUUAGAGAAUGAACAGCUAAAGCACAGAGGCGCCAUAACCAAAAAAGGUAAAGUUCCACCUCGAGUCGAAAGUUUGAUUAAAACUCUUGAAGAAGACCGAAACUAUUACCGUGACCAAGCUGCGAGUCUACAAAAGACGAUACAAAAUGAUUCGAGUGGAAACAGCAAUCGGAAGAUCACCGGUGGGUCUAGACUGACUAGGUCCAGGUCAGCAAGUCCUAAUAAAGAAAUGAUAUCUCUUCCUGAUAAACUUGACAAGAAGACAAUUUCUCAUUAUGAACGAAUAUGUCAGUUGUUGGAGCAAGAACGUGAUUACUUUAAAUCCGAAUACGAACAGCUGAAAGCUAUCAGGAGAUCCACGAGUCCCAAACGUCCUCAAUCUAACAAGAACCAGAAUUUCAAUGACGAAGAAUUGCAGAAAGCAAGAGAAGAAAGGGACAAGAUGAAAGACAUGCUUGAGAAAUUUGAACGUCAUAUGAACGAGGUUCGUGCCAAUGUAAAAGUGUUGACUAAAGAACGAGACAACCUCAAAGACAUGUAUGAUGGAGCCAAGGAGGAACUCCAGAAAUUGAGACGAGAAAUACUUCGGUCUCCUAAAUCACCCAAAACAUCGUUAGCUGCUCAAGCCGUGUUGCGCCAAGUGGAGAAUGAACGAGACAAUGCCUCAGCUGACCUUCAGAGAAUAAUGACGGAGAGAGACAGCUUACAAGAAAGGCUUCGGCUGUCCACAGAUUCAUCGUUAACCGAACGAGCUCAUCUGGAACAGAAAGUGGAAGAUCUCAGUUGCCAGUUAAGUCUAAGUGAAGUUGAGCGAGAUGAGUUGCAGUUACGUGUCAACAAUCUGAAAGAUGACGUCCAUUCGUUGGAAGAGCGAAUCAAGAAUCAGGCAGUUCAAUAUCAGGAUUCACAGGAAGAACUUUCCAAACAAAGGAUGACAGCAACACAAAUGAGACUUUUAGCUGAAGAGGCAGAGCGUUCUUUGUCUGAAAUCCAACGCCGUUUAAACCAUCGUGAAGAAGACAUUCGUAAUCAAACGCACAAAAUAAGCAAUUUAGAAGAACAACUGCAAGAAUAUGAGAAAGUUUCACACCAGAGUCGCAAUGAAAUCAACCAGCUCCAGUCUACGAUUAAUGCCAUGGAUCGAGAGAAAGAUUCUUUACAGAUGACUGUUGAUGAAAAAACAGAACGUUUGGCUGUUUUUAGAGAGGAACUUCUUGCAAAGGACAGAACCAUAAGCGAAUUUAAAGUGCAAAUCAGUCAGCUUGAAUCUCAGCUUGAACAUGUGAACAGCAGUCUUUCUCUAAAAGAACGUGAGAUGAAGAGUAUAAAGAGGCAGCUUGAUAAGAUGUCUGAUGAAUUCAAUGAAACCAGUCGCAAUAAAGAUGCAGUUCUACGUGAGAAUAAACGGCUUCAAGAAGACUUAGCUGUAAUGACCAGUGAAAAUCAAGUCAUCAAUAAAGAUCUGCAAAAUUGUUUAGAAGAGAAAGAUUCUUUAAAGAAGCAAAUUCAAAGCUACAUGAUGGAAGUGCAAAGAGUUGGCGAUUUGCUGUCAUCAAAGGAACAGGAACGCUCUGACUUGUUGGAGCAAUAUCGUACUUUGUCUGCUGAAGCGGAGCAGUACCAAAAUACCAAUCAUCAACUGGAGACUGAGGGUUCAAAUCUUCGUUUAGAAGUUAUUUCGAAAGAAUCUGAAAUUAGAAUGCUUAAAGAGAAGAUGGAACGCAUGGAUAUAGAAAUUCAUGAGCACCUCGGAGCACAGCAAGCUUAUGAACUCCAAGUUUCCAAUUUGAAUCGUACUUUGUCAAAACUAGAAGAGAAUCUUCAGCAGUAUGAUGAUGAGAAACAAAAUUUGACUCAAGAUAUUAAUGCUGUCCGAGAUCUUUGUUGCCGCUUGGAAGCAUCCAAAGAGUCAUUACAGAGACAGGUUACAGCUGUUUCUGUGGAAAAAGAACAGUUACAUUCCCAAAUCCUUGAUAUGAAACAAGAGGCCGACACAUUACGCGAACAGCUUUCUACCGAAAGAAAAAGUGUUAAAAAUUUGGAAGAAUUGCUUCAGAAUAACAGAGAAAAGGAAUUCCAUUCCCAAUUGGAAUUUCAAGAACGUAAUGCUGAACUGAAACAGUUAAAAGAUCGAUUGACUCUUAAUGAAAGUAAACUUCAAAGCCAGAGCAGAGACAUUGCUUCUCUUCGGACAAGGAAUAUUGAACUGGAAGGAGAUAUAGAACGCUUCCGACGACAGCUAACCAGUGAGAAAUUUGAACGUGAGCGUGCUGUACAAGAACUUCGUCGUCAUGGUAUUUCCCCACCAAUUACUGGAGAUUAUUCAAGUAUUUCCAGAUCCACAAGUCCAUCCAAAUUCUCCAAAGCAAACAAUCUGAGCAGUCUCUUAACGCCUCCUGUGAGCUCAGUCAGUGAGAAGACCACGGUUUUAGGGAAAGGUACCAAGUCACUUUAGACAGACCAAAGUUUAGUAUUUCCAACGUUAUCUCCUUCUUCCACUGAUGCUGCUGUAUAAGACCAGGAUUGGAAUCUAGUAACGAUGUUUAUUAACGAGUGUCUGACUCGCAAACUUAGUUGAACCAUAGCUAGUCUUAGUGAAGGGUAUGUACCAGAUCGGAGAGAGAGAGAGAGAGAGAGAGAGAGAGAGUGUUUGUUACUACAUCACACGACACACACAUGCACAGCAAACAUACAAAUACACACACACAACACAUACAUGCAUAUAAACACACACACGCGCACAUACUCACACACACACACAUAUUCUAAAGUCUCAGUUUCAUGGCUUCUUCUUUCCCUUAGAAACUUUUUCAUAAUUAAUAGAUUCAUUUUUUUACAAUUUUAAUUAUCAUUAACCUUGUAUAUUAUUGUACAGUCUUCUUGCAGGAGUACACAGGGUGUCCAUAAAUUACCUUUACAAUUUGAAGUGUGGAAGUUGUUAAGAUAAUGUAUGGACACUCUGUAUAUUUGUGUGUGAUGUAAUGUAUAUUGAUAUGUAUGCAUGCUUGUGUGUUUGUUUAUGUGUGUGUGUGUGUGCAUGUUAGUGUGUCUUUGAUAGAGUCCCCAAUAUAAUUAAUUACUGAUCAAUAUUUUGUUGGCCCCCACCCCCAAGCCACCUUCUUCUGUUUCAUGAUAACCUCGAUGUCCAUGUCCCCUUUCCAGAUCAUUUUCUGUUACCCUAACAAAUUGUAUUCCCCUUUCCUCCCCGUCCCCCACCUCAAUAUUUCAAGAUAUUCUUUACCAACUGAAGUAAAUUGAUGUCUCUUAGGUUUCACACUCAAUUCUUCCUUCUUUCUAUCCCACACCGGAGAUUGCUUUCCAAUUCUCAAAGACCUUUCAAAUUAAAAAAAACAAACAAAAUGGCUUCUGUUGUGUUUUAGGAAUUGUAAAAUCUCAAUUAAACAAAUAAUUGUAUUAAUAAGCUAAGAAUGUUUAUUAGGCAUUUAUUGAUAAGCUUGGUUUGUUUAGAGAAUAUAUUUGUAUAUAUGUAUAUAUAUUUAAUGUGUGUUUGUUGACCUGAGUGAUGGCAAAGAGCAAUGAGUGUGAAAUGUAUAUAUAAUGUGAUAUUAUGUAUAUAUUGACUAUCAAGUGUAUAUAAUGUUUGAUGUAUAUGUUAAGUAUUGUAUAUUAUACACUGUAUAUAUGUGAAUAUGUUCAUUUACAUUUUGUUGUUAGUUUAUGAACAUCUGUGUAUGUAUGUGUGUGUGUAUAUAUAUAUAUGUGUGUGUGUGUACAUGUGUGUGUGUAUAUAUGUGUGUGUGUGUGUGUACAGUGUAAAACUCAGAUGAAGAUAAAAUUGAAUAUGUUAUGUAAAUAGAGUGUAGAUUGAUUCAUUAAAGAAUUGACUGCGUGCAUGUGUGUGUGUGUGCAUACGCAUGUGUGUGUGUAUGAAUAUAUACUCAUGGAUGUGUAUGUGUGUGUCUGUGAGUAUACAUAUUUAUUUGGGAUGUAUGUAUAUAUUGAUGUUUUGUUCUCUCUAUGUACUUGUUUGUGUUUGUGUGUGUGUCUGUAUGUGAUAUGUACUUUGUUGUGUGUAUCCGUAUGUGUAAAUAUGAUAGGUUGAUACUCCAUUCCAGAUAAAAUUUCCCCCAAAUUCUAGAACUCAUUUUCUACAUUAGCUGUCCUGAAGCAUAUAGAAUUUAAAUGUCCAAAUACUCAACAGGACAUCAGUUGUGGAUAUAAAGUAACAAGCUAUGAUAACUAAAACUGUUUUCAACUUUUAAGUCUAAAAAGAUUAAUAUUUUUUAAUUAAUGUUAUCGAUUAAAAGUUGUUUAAUUUUCCCUUCCAGACAUUCCAGUAACAUCUUUCUACUCAACCCUUCUAAUCUCAUCAAUGUUUAUCAUAUGAUUGAUUGUUUGAAAACUGUUUUGGAAUCAAUAAAUUUUUUCCUCUGUCUCUCUCAGACUAUAAACUCUGACCUUUUAAAUCAUGACCUAUUUUUACAUCAUUCUUAAUCCCUUAAUGUAUGUCUUGAGCCUUUGAUAUCUGGAUCUUGACCCUUGAGACUUUGAUAUAUAAACCUUGAUUCACUGAUGCAACAAUUUUCACCUGUUUUAAUCGAUAACAUACUAAACAAAUUGCCAAAACUGUUAUGACAUACCAUGACUAUUUUAAAUGUUUUAUUCUUUUUAUUACAUAGAAAAACAAAAUGAGUGUAUGUGUUGCACUUGGCCUCAAAGGAACACAUAUGCACCAAUGUUGUGCCUUAAAACACUAAAGUUUCCUAAAUACCCUGGUAUUUUCUGAGUCACCUCAAAGACAUGCAGCACACCUGCAGGCAAUCUAUGGCACAAUAAUCCCCACAAAGCACAUUGAUUGACAAUUGCUACAUCAAUAUAUAAGUGUUGAGCCUUUGAUGUAGGGGGAUGUGGAUCCAUUAAUAGAUAGAGUCAAUGACUUUAUAUUACACCAUGCUUUCAUACAUUUCAUCAUAUAUAAACAUUACCAUGUUCUUCAACAUAUGAAAGGAAUAUAUAUAUAUAAAAGCACGGAAGGUAAAAGAUAUAUAUGCAAAUAAAAGUACAAAAUAUAUAGAACGG